UUGUCGUGAUUAAUGGCCCGGCGUGAUGCUGACUGGCUGAACACCGAAACUAUUAUUGGUUACACGGCUUUAACUAGGGUGUUCAUAAUCGCCGUUCCUGGGCACCUUAAAGAUCUUUGUGAGACGACGAAUUCAUUCUUACAGGGCAAGAUGUCCUCAUUUCUUACUGUGCUGCAGCACGAUGUCUGAGAUAAGAUCUUAGGCCUCAUGGCAUUAAUGUUCUUAUUUUAUUCAUUGGUCUAUGCUUCCAACCAAGGCUGGGGCUACUGCAAGAAUCUCACCAUGUCUCCUCGUCUCCAGGCCAAGGACGAUCCCAUCACGAGAUAUUUUCACCUAAGAGUGCAGUUGCCGUUGCAUGCCCGGGGCGGCGCGGCGCGGAUCCGGAUCAGUUUCCACGGUUUCUCCAUGUCGUUUUUGGUGGAGCAUGAAAUGUCGAGUUGCAACGUCGAGACGUAAGUUGGCCAGUAAAGAUGAUCAUUUCGGCAACGUUUAUUAUUGAGAGCCUGGGCAGGCGAGCGAGUGGGAUAAUUAGAUAUCUUUCUGGUGUUGUGUUGAGAGUUGAGGCUGGUGAAGGGAAGGGAUGCUUGUCGUGAUGUGAUUGAUGUCUAGCAGCGGUGAAUAUUCUUAGACCGAGUCUGAGUCGAUAUCACUCUGAACCAUACUAGCCAGGUAUCAUCAGCUCAUGCCGCAUGACGAUCUCGAGUCGGCGAGUUGUGCUGUAGAUCACGUUCUGGACUGACUAGGCCAACGUUAGCUGUCAUUGUCGCUGUCGUUCUCGUCAUCUGUUAGGUAGUAAUAUGAUGCCGCCGUUGAAACACCCCUG